GACCGCUGGCUUUGGGUCGGUGUGAUGAAAUGCUGUCAGCACUAGUAACUACAGAGUUAUCAUAGAAAAUAUACACUUUAGAGGUUAAUAAGUACCCAUGGGGGGUAAGAACAAACAGCGAACUAAAGGAAAUGUUCGGCCGUCCAAUAGCGGCCGAGCGGCUGAAGUGCUGACCCGGGAAGGUGGCGUAAUCCCGGCGUUUGUGGGCUUCGGCUCGGCCGUCACUUCGGAGCUAUGUUAUGUUCCAGCUGUCCACGGCGCGGAGGACAUAGACAGCCUGGUAGACGCUGAUUUCCGCCUGGUGCUCAGAAAACUGUCGAAGAGGGAUGUUGUCACCAGACUUAAAGCUGUGCAGGAUUUUGGGUCCAUGUGUCAGGAACGGGAUGCUGAAGUUGUAAAAGGGAUCCUACCGUACUGGCCACGAAUUUACUGCAAAAUAUCAGUGGAUCAUGAUCGACGCAUUAGGGAGGCUACCCAGCAGGCAUUUGAGCAGCUGGUGCUAAAGGUCCGUCGCAGCUUGGCCCCAUUUCUGAAAAGCUUGAUGGGUCACUGGAUUCUGUCCCAGUGCGACACCUACACACCUGCAGCCUCAGCUGCGUGCCAGGCCUUCCAGGCUGCUUUCUCGCCCGCAAAACAGCCUGAAGCUAUCAGCUUCUGCAAGGAUGAGAUCCUUAAUGUACUUCAAGAUAUUUUGUUGAAGGAAACGGCUGACACACUGAGCGAUUCCCAAAGUUUGUCAGAGGAAGAGAGAGAAGCCAAAUAUGUGCGCAUGCUGACCAGUUCUCUGUUGGGAGUGAAGAGACUUCUCUCCCUGCUGCUUCAGAAUGACGACAGGGCGACCCUGGAGAAAAGACUAGCACAUCUUGUUAAUUCUGGGAAGUUUUGGAAGUAUGGCAAACACAAAACUCCACAGGUGAGAGGGGCAUUUUUUGAGAUGGUGUGCGCUCUGUGUGAGUUCACACCAGGGCUGGUCCAGGCUGAAGCGGCGCGUUUCUGUCCCGCCGUCCUCCUCAGUAUUGAUGACACGGAUCCUGUAGUGCUGCCCCCCCUGUGGGAAGCCGUUCUCCAUGUUGUGUCAACAAUCCCUGAUUGCUGGACACAUGUGAAUGCCAGGAAAGGCUUCUUGCCCAAACUUUGGGCUCUUUUAAAAGAGGGCGGCAAAGGCAUGGCUAAAGCGUUCCAUCCUAAUCUGAUGCCGCUCCUCAGUAAACUGCCGCCACAGGUCACUGAUCCGAAGCUGGACUUCUACACCACAUUCUUCACCACAUUCAUACAAGGUGUGUCUAGUGAGCGUGCGGUAACAAGCCCAUCAGAGAGUGCGGUGAUAGUGACAUCUUUUGUUGAGUGCUUGAGAUAUUGCAUACUGCAAAAUGCAGAAGACGUAGAAGACCAGGGGAAAUUCAGAACCAUGCUUACUUCACAGCAGCUUCUACCCCUACUUGAAAAUGCUCUCAGAAAUCCUUCCCUUCAGAAUGGUCCCCUCUUCCUUUCGGUCACUGAAAUGCUUAUUUCCUGGGAGAAGAGGGUAGGUUUACAAAGGGAAGGUGAAGACAGUGACAGCAAGGAUGUCUUUCAAAGACUUCUGACAGACUUCUGGGAGGACCUUGGUCUUCUGUGUGUGCGUUAUGUUGACAACGAGGAGGCAGAUCCACAGGCUUUGGAAGGGAUAGCCACCUUGCUGCAUGUGAUGCACUAUCCUGAGAGGGUAAACAAAAAGCAAGCACACAAGAAGAAAUCUGUCAGGUUGUGUUUCUCUAAACCAGAAGAAAAUGAGAAAACUGGAGUUGAGGGGGAUGGUGCUGAGAAGCUUGCGCAGGCGGUGUCAGGGCUCGUGAAUGAGAAAGCAUUUGGGUCCCUACAGACGCAGCAUUUUGAAGAUGUAGUGUGCCAGCUGGCACAGCUGUGCCUGGUGCAUGUGAAUGAGAAAAACUCAGAGAGACAUCUUGUUUUCCUCUCCCAUCUUAUGCGGUCUUUCCACACACCCAGAAUCUUCAGUACAUUGGUUGAAUUGGAUGACAAAAUGACAAAAGAUGAUAAGCAGAGGGAUGAGGGGAUCAUGAAAAAUCCAGCAGUGCAGUUCCUGCUGGAGCGGGUGGUGAUGUGGUUGGGCGAAAAGGGGCGCACAGACACCGAACACCUGGUGGAGAUGGUCUUCAGCUCACUCUACUGCUGCAGCCGGCAGGAGACCAAUCGCAUCCUCAACCAUAUCACCACAAUGGGUUUGUCAUGGGGAAUUAUCCUGCAAAUCAUACAGAGGGCAUGUACAGAUCCAGAGACUCUGAAGAGCUGUAGUGAUUGGCUAAAAGGUUCAGUUCUGGGUGAACGACUUGUAGGAUUGACUGACGAGCUGUGCAAGAUGGGGAGCAGCUCUUGCAGCACCAUCUCUCCUACAAGCGGCCACAGCUGGACGCUUAUCAGCCUGGUCCUCUCUCAGCACCACAAUGAUGAGUCUCUGAUAGGAGAGGUGUACAUGGAGAAAAUCUUGGAGAAGCUCCACGUCACUCUGUCUGAGACCAAAAGUCUGUCAGAUGCAGGCAACAUGGAGCCGCUCAUCUCCUUCAUUUGCGAUGUGGCUUCCACUUUCUUCUCUUCUGUACAAGACUGUCUUCUGCUAGUCUCUGCUGAGGAGCUCUUGCUCACUGUCUUCCAGCUCACCGCCCAAGAUCAGGCACACACUCACUUAUCUGAUUCACUUUUACAUAAACUGAAGAACGUAUGCGUGGCUGGGGUCCAGUCGUUGGUCCAACACUGUGAAUGUGAAGUCAAAGAAGGCGGCUUCCUGCACAGUGCAGCUGUUUGGGUGAGGAAGCAGCUGCUUGGCACCCUUCUGGAUAUCAAGGGCUUACAGGUUCUAGUUUUGGCUGUACAAAGCAUAGUGGAGACGGUCAUCUCUGUCUGCGAUCAGGCCUCACCCAUCAUCAUCCAGUUCUUCACCCUCUUGAUGCCUAGCCUGGCAGAAUGGACAAGAAUCAGGCAGGCCUUACCUCCUCAGUGGAUCAAAAACCCUUUACUGUCCAGCCGUUUGCGAGACAUUUGUGAAAAACCCACCGUGGACACCUGGAAGUUCAGGGAGUUGAACAGACUGCCAGCCCACCUAUGUGCCUGUGCCCUUUUAGGGAAGGUGGCACAGAGAGCUGCAUUCAUACAGAAUGAGGCAGAAAGUCCUUCACUCCUACCAAACCUUACAUCCACAGUUUCAGAACUACUGUAUGCACUGCAGUGGUGUAAGGAGUUAAACUAUAGCCCUACUGUGGUGUCUGCAUAUCACAACAUGCUGACUGACUGGGGGCUGUCAGAAGGGCUUAAUGGCCAGGUUCCAAUGAAAACCCUCCUGGAGACUCUCUACACAAGGUCAGUGACAGAGGGCGGUCUGUGGUCUCUGACUCUAGAAAACUACAUCCGCAGCAACAGCUUGGAAGGUGCAGCAGUGAGAAAGCUUUAUUGUAGUGCAAACAGUUUGUUCCCAGUGUCUCAAAGCAAACUGAGCACGCUCCAGGUCCUCUGCCCCACUAUGAGCAAUGAAGACAGGGAGAGUCUUGUAGCAUUGGCUACUGCUGGAUUAGUCAACUGGCAACAGGAUCAAAAUGUGUAUGGGUGUCUGGCAGUGCUGCUGUGCUGUCUAAAAGCCGACACACAAGUAGAAGAUGAGGUUGUGCAGGCGAUCCUGGCCACUGUGAUGGAAUGGAGGAACAGUAGAGAGGAGUGGUUCCUCUUUAGCUGUGACCUGUCUAAAGCAACUUCAGAGCAGUUGAACCUCAGUGUGGAGAUAAUGCGUUUCCUGUCCUGGCUGGUGGCUCACUCUCCGGCGGUUCUGGGGGGAAGCCAGUGGGACUUCUUGCUGUGCUCUAUGUUAGCAUGGUUGGAGACUGCCAGUGAGAAUGUAAGAAGUCUAUGGAACCCGUGGGUGCAGCUGUUUGUGUGUGAGAAUGCUGGAUUGAUAGUGAAGCUGAACCACUUCUUCACAACAUUAUCUUCGUCCAAUAUAGCAGAGAAGCUGCCACCAGAACUGGCUGGUGAAUGGACAGGUUUCUUUGUAGAGGGAAUCUACAACCUGCUGUUGCUGCUGCCCGUCAGUAUCACAGAGACGUUUGCUGAACCGGAUGACCCCGUGUUCCCUUUGGCAGUACUGCAGUCAGUUGGUGUUGCAUUGACGUAUGUGCCUGUGCAGCAGCUAACCCAAAACUCACUGCCACCACGCUUCAUAGCCGACCAAAAAACGAACCUGCCAGAGCCUCUUCAGACGCUCCUCAACACUUUCUGUCCUCUGCUGCUGUUUAAGGCCAGACCUCUUCAGAUCACUGUCUACCACAUAUUGGAAAAGGUCAUGCCUCAGCUGCCCGAGUGUGACGGAGAAGGAGACAACAAUAAGUCUGAUGAUGACAGAGAUGAGCCAUGUCUUUCUCCUCCAGCAUCUCUGAUGGCCAUCCUGUCAGCCUGUGAAGAGCUGUGUGAUAACAUCCUAUCAGGCAUUCAGGUGGGAGAGUACGCAGUGGUCCAGCCUCUCAGCGUGGAGUACUCCUUCAUUCUAGGUUAUUUGCUGGCCUGGAAGCUGCUUCUCACUUUUUUCAAAUCCUCACCAUCCCAUCUACGUGCCAAUUAUGCCCAGUACCUUAAGAGAAGCUGCUCCCUGAACAAACUCCUCCUCCACCUCUUCAAACUGAUGCCCGAGAACCCGGCUUAUCCAGGCCAGGAGGCAGAGGCAAGGGAGACCAAAACCUUCUUUACGGAGAGCCUGAAUCUGGCUGUUGACAAGUGUGACAGCGUUGAGUGGGAGCUCCCUCACCUGGCUUGCAGUGUGUACUACAGCACAGUGCAAGACCUGCCUGCCAUGGUGCGGCUGUGGUGGAAUAGCCAGGAAAAGAGAGUGAGCGCCGCUGUGGAGAAGUUCACUAUUAAAUACAUCAGUCCUGUUCUCUCAGCCCAGGAAAUCUCAUCUGUCCACACCAGCACUCAAAUGUUCGACAGCAUGACUGUCAAGGCCCGCUCAGCAGCACGGGAGGUGAUUGCUACCUAUUCUGUGGAUGAUAUCUUCAUCGAGUUGGUGAUUCAGCUUCCACAGAACUACCCUCUAGGUUCUAUCACUGUAGAGAGUGGGAGGCGUGUGGGUGUUGCCGUACAGCAGUGGAGGAACUGGAUGCUGCAGCUGAGCACCUACCUUACACAUCAGAAUGGCAGUAUAAUGGAGGGCCUGGCUCUGUGGAAGAACAAUGUGGAUAAGCGUUUUGAGGGAAUAGAGGACUGCAUGAUCUGCUUCUCUGUCAUCCACGGAUCCAACUACUCCCUGCCGAAGAAAGCUUGCCGCACAUGCAAAAAGAAGUUUCACUCUGCAUGUUUGUACAAAUGGUUCACUUCCAGCAACAAGUCCACCUGCCCACUCUGCAGAGAGACCUUUUUUUAAACACGCUGAUGACAUUGGCUGAAACCCCUGUUCAUUCAAUCGACCACAACUGACUGAUCGACUGUGAUUAUCUGAAGGUUAUUACAAAACCUUAUUAGAUCACUGAAAUGAAAGGCCUUGUUUGGAUCACACAGUAAUGCGGAAAUCUGAAACUAAAGUACAUCAAAAUCUAGUUUUAAAUAAAAUCUGGAAACCUUUCUGUCCAUAUUCACUGUAUUGUUGCACUUUGUUUAUACCAAUGCAUUACUGUACUGUAUAUAUUCAGCAUCAGCUGCUCCCUGCUGGUGUUACUUAGAUUUUCUCUUUUUUUCCGUAGUCCCAAUCUGUUCUAUCUUUAAAAUGCACAGGUGUGUAACCAAAAAAAAAAAUAAAGCUGAUUUGCAAAGUUGAGAAAUCAGAGCUGGUCAUGUGCUUCAGUCGUAUAGAAGCAUCUGUUUUAAUUAGUAGGUCUCUGAUCUUUAAAAAAAAAAAAGGAGUUGGUUGAAAGAUUACAAAUGCCUAGGACAACUUUCACCAGUAUUUCCUAAUAUUUAGGAGUGUACAAAAAUCAUGUGUGAUUAGUUUAAUGCACGAAUGAGAACUUCAUUGAGGUGUUUUUUAAUAUGAAAAUGAUUAUGACUAGAUAUAGCAGAACCUAAUGGUAUGUGUCCACCCUGUGCCUACAUAAAACUGUAAAAGAUGUUUGAAAGUAAAUAAAAUACAAUUCAGUGAAA